CACCUUUGAACUCGUAAGAAGCAUUUUUCUGCAUCGGUUUUACUUUCUGCUUUUCUUCCCUCAGUGUUUUAAACGUAUCUCUGCUCUCAUGUUUGAGACUGCAGCUUCAGUUCAGUGAUUUUUUUUUUCCCUGUUAAUGCUUUGAUUAAUGUGGGAAAACGCCAGUGCAGGAAAAAACAGGAGUCCAGUGUGUGUCCGGACAGAAAGCAGCUCUAACAGAGACUGUAGCGAGAAGAUAUGCAGAAGCUUUAUUAACAGAAAAGCAAUUAAAGUCAAACAAGAGGCUGAAGGGCAAUACGGGUGAACUUUGCUCCACAAAGAAGGCUGCUUUACAACCCAGAUUAAAAGGCCGCAGUUGUUAAGAGACGAGUGAAAAAGCAACUCCAUGGCAUACCGGCUCUUUGAAGGGAAGGAUCAUGCUUCCAUCUACCAAAAGUAUCGCUUGACACCUCCAGCAGGGCUCAAGGAUAUUAUUAUUCAGUACUUAGAUAAAAAGAAGGGACAGCCACAUGAGCUGGCGGUGGAUCUGGGAUGUGGAACGGGACAGAAUUCACGUCUACUGGCACCGCACUUCAAGGAAGUAGUGGGUCUUGACAUCAGUGAGUGUCAAGUGGAGGAGGCUAGAGCUGUGCCAGGGUACCCUAACAUCACGUACAGAAAGGGGACAGCAGAGGAGCUUCCAUUUUCAGAUGGAUCUGUAGACCUGCUGACGGCAGCUUCAGCAGCACACUGGUUUGAUCAGUCGAGGUUUCUGGCAGAGGCAGCUCGGGUCUUGAAACCCAGAGGCUGCAUGGCUCUGCUGGGCUUCAGCGAUUCUAACACCAAACCCACCUACCAGAACUGUGGAGACAGGCUCAAAAACAUCUAUGAAGAGGUGAAGCAGGAGCUGCAGCCGUACAUGAGCAACCGAGUAGCUGUAGCUGAGGGUAAGCUGGACCUGCUGUACUCUGCCAUCCCGUUUCCAGACAAAGAGAGGAUUGAUUGUUUUCAAGCAAAGUCCUUGAUCUCAGUGAGGCAUCUGGUGGGUUUCAUGCAAAGCUGGUCCAUGUUCCAAGCCUAUGCUUUGAAAGACCCCAAAGGUGCUGAAGAGCUGCUGUCCAACGCUGAGAGGAGGUUCCUUCAAGAGAUGGGAGUCACGUCUCCUGACACUGAAGUGGAGCUUGAACUGGAUUAUUUCUGCAUCCUGGCCUGCAAACCACAUUAAUCAACACUUCAACAUUCAGUGAAUAUCACUGAGAGAUACAUAAACCUGUUGUUCUAAAUAAACCAUGUUUUUAUCAGCA